AGCCGGAGAGGGAAGAACUCUUGACAAAGCUGCAGCAGGUUGAGGACUGGAUGUAUGAAAGCCGAGAAGAUGAGACCAAGGGUGUUUAUAUUGCCAAGCUUGAGGAGCUUAAUAAGCAAGGUGACCCAAUAGAGCAUCGGUACAAGGAGUCCAUCGAGAGGGGAUCCGUAAUUUAUCAGCUUGGUCAUUGUGUUAACAGCUACAGGGAAGCCGUUGUGGCUUGACGAUCCCAUAAUUGAUCAUAUUUGCAGCUGAAAAACAAAAGGU